AUGAGGGAUAUCUUUGCUCUCCUGUGGCUCCUGCCAUGUGUGAUCUCCGGAGCUGUCCUGCCAGAACCACGACAAGCACGAGCUGCCACAGCUACUGAGAUUGCCAAUCUGGCUGAACAGUUGUAUGCCGCCGAUGUAAACAAAGCUAGCACCAGCGAUGUUACACUGAACCUGCAGUAUAAGGCGACAGGUUCUCAGACCAGCUCAGGAACGGACUUUGCCAGCCAAAAGCUUUACAGCUAUGUGAAUGAAGGCAAACUCUUUGCCCGCCCAACAUAUUCCCGCUACAUUGCUCUACUUGACAAUUAUAUCAAGACCACAGGAACAGCAGAGUCAGUGCCAAGUGCAGAGAUCGCCGAGCAAAAUGCUUUCAUUGAUGAAAUUUUCAAGACCUCUGUUAUAAGCCAAUUGUCAAAUUUCUUAGUUUCCAAAGGUUAUUACACUAGCACUGCAAGCUUUAAGACUGACCUUAAGGAGAUGUGGUUUGGACUUUACACCCGCACCAAAGGACCCUUGGAUUCUUCAGGCUUUGAGCACAUUUUUCAUGGUGAAAUCCACAAUGGAGGGAUAUCUGGAUUCCACAGCUGGGUGCAGUUCUACCUGCAGGAAAAGGCUGGUCAGAUUAACUACCUGAGUUACAGUGCAAAGGGACCAUGGUCGGGAUAUCCUGAUGUAUACGGUUUUCAGUUCAAGUGGGGCACCUACCUGAAAACCCUGGGCUCAAUGUUUAUAGGAUCCAGUCCUGAGUUUGAGAUUGGUAUAUUAACUCUUUGUUAUGUAACCAGCCCUGAUAAAUUGUGCUCUGUCAAAAUUGGUGGUCAAACCCUCAAAAUCCAAACCUACACCUGGGCCAACUCAACUUAUGGAAAUGGCAAGAGAUACGUGGCAUCUGCUUACCCCACUGUUUAGAGGAGAGCUGUUACUUCUAUGUGGAAAUAAAGUUAUU